ACUAUACGUCUAUACCACCCUGGUAUGAGGUGGUAUUUUUCAUACCAUAUGGUAUGCUGUUAUUUAAUACCAUAUGGUAUUGACUGGUAUUAAAUAACAACAUAUGAUAUUGACUGGUAUUUUUCAUACCAUAUGGUAUGCUGUUAUUUAAUACAAGUCAAUGCAUGUUUUUGGAUGUUUCUCAAUGCAUGUUGAACAAAACUAUAGUCCAUGUCGCCCCGAAAUUUGUAGGUCCAGCCUCAUCCGAUUGUUUGUCGUGGUUUCUUGCCCUUGGUACCAAGGCCAGCUCAUGGUGCAGAAAGCAUUUGAAGAUGACUCUGAUGUCCAUACAAGAUUCUCAAGAGGAAGAACACAGCCGUCUCUUCUUUCAGCUUCUUCUGGAGUUGCUCAGCCUAUCUACUGCUAACAUAUUGUCUUUAACAAAAUAUCCACUUCUCAGCAGCAAGGAAUUAGUAGACGUUGAGAAAUUCAUUCUGGAGCUGCUAAAUAUGAUAAUAUAUGUGGUCGUUGAGAUUAAGAGGAUUAAUUCAUUGGGUUCUGAAGUACUAAAGGUUGCACAAACAUCAAUUGAUGCUUUGAUAAAUAUGUGCAAGAGUUGCGAAGCUGUGCCCAGGUCAUCACUGCUGCUACUUGGUCGUGUUGCAUUGUUCAAUUCUUUGCUUAGCCACUCUGCUGGUUUUGACGAAGAUGUGAAGAUCAAAAGCACUAGAAAACUAGGACGGUUCUUGGAUGUUAUAGUCGAUGAGGACAUUUACUCUUGUGUUCUUAUCUUGCAAAUUCCGGUUAGCAUAUCUGAUGUUGACUUGAAGACCCUGAAGUUUAUAAUUAAUAUUAUUCAGAACUUGAAGCAUCCCAAAGAUGAGAUGGAGAAAUUUAUAGAACUCCACGGUCUUUUUAUCUCUGGUCCGACAGCUUCAGAUUCUUGCUUGUACCAGUGCAAACCACAUCUGGCACUCUUCAUGGGAGGGCUUGCGGACGUGCAGAUGUCAGAAAGUAAUGAUUGUAAAAAGACCACCGCAGUGUGGGAUUUAUACCACAUGCUGUUGAAGGAACAACACUGGGCACUCGUCCACCUUGUCAUUCCAUCAUUUGGGUACUUUGCUACCCAUACUUCAUGCAAUCAACUUUGGAGAUUUUUCCCACAAAAUGCAGCCCUUUCGUAUGACGUUAUGUCAGCAAGUGAAGUAUCAGAGCAGAGAUUCAUGUCAGAGUUGAAGGCGUUCCUGGAGAAGGAAGUCGCUGUUUUAGCAACUGUCUCAGCCAGCUCCUAG